AGUCACAGUAUAUCGUGUAUCACAGGCCGCACCCACCGCGCGCAGCUAUUACAGUGAAUACGGUACGGUCACGGAAGGCGUAUCCCGUGCUAUAAUACGGUCCGAGCAGUGAGUGCGCCCUCGGCUGAGUCCGUCACAUUGACUGGGGGUUAUUGCUCUGAGGGCGCAUUGUCUGCCUUCUCCGCGGCACUUAGCUCGCAGACAGCUCGGUAAGUGUACCUAUACCGCCCACAGCCCGGGCCUUAUCGUGUAAUACGGGCCGGCUGCCGUGUCCCCGGGGGGAGCGGGAAGGCCCAGGCGCGCGGCCCGGGCUGUGGGUAUAAACAAUGCAUUGAGCGGAGUGCCGGCCGGCCGCCCGCCGUGGGGUAUGGAGUGUAACCCUUUGUUUGCCGGAGAGCUGGCCGGCGAGGAGAGGGUUAGGGGGGAGGGGCUAUGUUUGUAUUAGCACGCUAUUGGCGGCCCCUCCCUUUUCUUCAUGUUGGUGGGCGGGGCGAGUAGAACCAUAGCGAAGUGGACGUUAUAACCCGCUCAUUCUCUUCUCUUUCCUUCCGCCAGUGGGCCGCGCGCUCCGUACUUGUUUGUUCCGCCAUUUUGGAGGAGCCGCGACGCAGCAAGGAGAAAGGCGAUCCCUGUUACCCGCCAGCUGACUGUUCACCCGCUCCCUCCUCUCAUUAGCCAUCUGUGCUGCCCGGUCCAGGCCGUCCCGGAGAAGCAGCCAUGAGUUCCCCAGUGAACGUGAAGAAGCUGAAGGUGUCCGAGCUCAAGGAGGAGCUGAAGAAGCGCAGAUUGAGCGACAAGGGGCUGAAGGCCGAGCUCAUGGAGCGCCUGCAGACCGCCCUGGAUGAGGAGACCGAGACCGGCGGCCCGGUGGCGGUCGGAGGGACCGAAGCCAACGAAGGGGCCGACCCGGAGCAAGGCGGCGGCGAGGAAGAAGAGGAGGAGGAAGAGGAGAGCAUGGAGGUCGGCGGGGAGAACGGGGGAGGAGGCGGCGGCGGGGAGGCCACAGAAGCCGCCGAGGAGGAGGAGGAGGCGGUAGCCGCGGAGGAUGAGAAUGGAGACGAUCAGGGCUUCCAGGAGGGAGAGGAGGAGGAGGAGGAAGACGAGGAGGAUGAGGGGAUCCCUGUGGGGCUGGAGGAGGAGGACGAGGAGGAAGGCGGCGAUGAGAACGGCCAGGAGAAGCAGGAGGGGGAGGCCGUACCCAGCGGGCCCAGGCCCCUCAUGGCCAUCAAGUGCGAGGAGGCCGGCGGCUCCGGGAGAAGCGGUAAGUGCCCCGGGUCUGGGGGGAGGGAGGGAGGCUGUGUGCAUGGCGGGGCCUGGCUGCUCACCGUGUACCCCCCGGUAGGCAACCUUCGCUACUCCGGUUAUCAUGGACUACAACUCCCCUGGUGCUCUGCUAACAUUGUGGCUAUAGGAGCAUUGUGGGAGAUGUAGUCCACGACAGCUGGCGUGUCGAAUCUAGCCUCCCCUUGCCAUAGUCUAAUAGCCGCGCUCCGGCUCCAUGCUAAGCCGGCUGGAGCGCCCCUGGUGGUGGCAGUCAGCACUGCCUGCUCGGCUUAUUGUUUCACUCUGGAGAGCAGCGACAUGCUGAGUCUGCCUCCAUCUUGUGUCUUCUCACUGCAGCGAGGGCUUUGUAGGCAGCCCGUAUCUCCUAUAGCACAGCUGGGCUGCUCUAACAUGGCUCUGGGAAACCUUACACCAAGCUCUGUCCAUGCACUAACUAAUUCAAUUGGCUCUCCAUUUUCAUACAUUGAGAGGAUUGUGCAGAUUCAAUUGUUGAUGUAAAUUGAGUGCCGAGUAGAUUAGAUAUAAAGCAGUGAUUGCUACGCCCAUUACACUUUUAGUAAUUGCAUUUGAAAGUCAUAUAAUCAGUAACUUGUCAUGCAUGGGAACCACAUUUGCAGCAAUCUGGUUUAGUCAGUACCAUUUAAAUUGCUUAAAUGAACGAUUAAUAUACUUUGACUGUGUACUUUCCUCUGUAGCUUUGUAUUUAUGAUACACUUCUCUGGGAUUUUUUUUUCCUUGUGGAUCUUUAAAUUAGUGUUAAAUAUGGAGGCUAUGUCCUGCAAAUGGUAGAUCUUAAAAUGCUUGACAUUUUCUCAUGUAAGUUUUAACAAAUUUGUACGUGUAAUCUAAUUUUAAACCACCUUGACUGUUUUGGUUCUGUGAAGACUGCUUUAGUAAUCAUGUCUGUCUGACUUGAGAGAAGAAAAUUGAGUUGCAUAAUCAGAGUUAGAUUCCAGGGCUCUAACUGGCUUUGAGAUGUUUGUCAGGGUGGAUUAAUUACUGUAAUUGUAGUGUUUUUAAAAUUUCAUUGCUUUUGGCACUUUACCCAUGUAUUCCCCCUAUCUUUAAGUCUUGCCAAUUUAAUUUUUUUUUUUUCCACAAGAGGUGAACAUGUAGAAAGACUCUGCAAUAUCAAAAACAAUAUUCAUAGUUAAUACGUUUCAGAACUGCUUUAAAUAUCUUUAUUUUCAUCCUUUUGAAAACAGCAGAUUCUGUGUGACUUUUGUGAAGCUUUUAUUAACUUAUUUAUUUUUUUAAAUUAAUUUAGAAGGCAAGGACCAGAAAGACAAGAAAAGAGGUGUGAAAAGGCCACGUGAAGAUCAUGGUCGUGGCUAUUUUGAGUACAUUGAAGAAAAUAAAUAUAGCAGGUGUGGUUUUUUUUUUUUUUUAUUAUUUUUUCUCUCUCAAUCUUUGCAUUGAAUCUGAUAUUUCAAACUUCAUGUUCCUUCCUUUUUGUCACAGGGCCAAAUCACCCCAACCACCAGUUGAUGAAGAGGAUGAAAAGUUUGAUGAUAGCUCGGUGCUUCUUGACACUUGUAAGUAACACUUUUCAAGUUGCACACUUUAUCAAUUUGAAAUACUCUAGUGCACUGGUUUCCAACCUAGUCCUCCAGUACAUCCUUGAUUUGUUUGGGGGUACAUGAGGACUGGGUUGGGACUAGGGCAUUUAACAUUAAUAGAAGGUCUAUGUCCCAAAACGUUUGUUUUUGUAUGUCCUUCUUUAAAACCUAGCACUGGGGUACAAUCUUACUUUCUUGACUUGAGCCUUUUCUAUUUUGCAUUAUCCUAUUUGAACCACUGCACAUGCUGACUCCUGUCACCACAAGCACUUCAUAUCACCGAAGUGGUCCUAGUGGUUGGAUUAAUCCGUUAAGUCUGCAAUGGAAAUAUUGCUGUUUUUAUAAAACUGCAGUGUUUUAUACUGUAAUCCUAAAAGUAUAGGGAUUUUUUUUCUUCAUGGACGUGCAUUACUUUAUUUCCCCACCCCAUCAAUCAAACACUUAAACAAAAAUAGAAACUAAAUAUAAAAAAAUACUUUGAAAAGUAUGUAAUUAGCAUUUAUAACCUUGGUCACCAUUGUUGGGUAUGCCUGUCAGCUACAAGGUUUUGUUUUUAGCUUUCCUCUUACAUGCAUCUUGCCCACCAACUAGUCUGCCUAUGUGCAUGUUCAUAACUAAAGGAUGUCAAGAGUGUGGAAAGCAAUAAUGGAUGCUCUGCUUACGGAAAAUAAGUGUAAUGUAUGGCACGCCUAAAUAUUUUAAUAUAAUUUUAAAAGCACAAGAUUGUUUCCCAUAUCUCUGUAGUAUGUAGUACCAAAUAGGUGCAUGGCAUCUUGUGAGACAAUUUGCAUGUAGGAAAUGAGAAAAGCAGGACCGUUUCUAUGGGAUUCUUGCAUACAGUAAUUGCCUCCCCUAAUCCUAGGACAAGCACCUGCUGUGAAUGUUUACUCACAGCAAAAGGAUGCAUGUAUUGACUUGCACAGUGCAAACAUCUUUAGCUAUCCAGACAAUCUGUAUCUCAAACUGAUUUGAACUACUUGGUACUCAGUUCAUGGUUGUGGAUUGUCUUGCUCUUAAUACUCGUAAAGGCAUCUUUAACAAACUAUGGCAUUCUAUAGGUGUUAUACCAUUCUUUUGCUCCCCCCCCCCCCCAUGUAAGUAGUCAAUUUGCUUAUGGUAUAACUUCUUACCUGGGGUUCACUCUUUGCCUUUCCCUCAGCAAUGGAGAAUGAGAAGCACCUGCUAGAUCUCAUUAGAUCCUUACCUUGUAAAGGUUUUUGUGAGCAGAAAUGUUAACUUUUUUCUUUUUUUUUUUUUUCUUUCUCUCCCCGUCUUCCACAUGUAGAUAACUGUGAUCUUCACUUUAAAAUUUCUCGUGACCGGUUAAGUGCUUCCUCUCUGACAAUGGAAAGUUUUGCUUUCCUUUGGGCUGGAGGAAGAGCUACAUAUGGUGUUUCAAAAGGCAAAGUUUGUUUUGAGAUGAAGGUAAGGUUUUAAUUUUAAAAUUGCAUUUUGUUUCAAAGUUGUCUUGUAGGGUUUUCCCCCUUUAAUAUUUACUCUUUCCAUUUCUACUCCUGUCCAGGUUACAGAGAAGAUUCCCGUAAAACAUUUGUACACUAAAGACAUUGAUACCCAUGAAGUACGUGUUGGAUGGUCUUUCAGCUCUUCUGGAUUCAUGUUGGGUAUGUAACGCAUUAGCAAUUUCAUGUAUUUGUAGAUCUUCAUAAGAUUCAGUUAAGAAGAAAAAUGCUUUUGUAUGCAGAUUGAUUAUUCCUGGCUUAAAUUGCAUACUUUGUUUGCAGUGUAUAUUCUUGCAUGAGUGAUUUACCAGCAGUUGCUGCAUGAGCUUACAUCUACAGUUCGUAGCUCUGGUACAGAGUUAAAAUGGAUUAAUUUCCCAUUAGUUGUGUAACUGAUAAGGCAGCAAUUUGCUGUGCCAAGUAUUUUGCAAUUGGUCCUGCAAGCAAAAAAGCAUAAUUUGACAACCAUAAUUUGGGGUGCAGGUUUUUUUUUUUUAAAUUUAAUUUUACACUGCAUUUCUCUUGUAGGUGAAGAAGAAAAAUCCUAUGGAUACUCAAUGAAACCUGCAAAAUUCAUAAAUGGUGUCUCUGAAGAAUAUGGAGAGAAGUAUGAUGAGAAUGAUGUUAUCACUUGCUUUGCUGUAAGUUUAAUAAAGUUAAUUUUGUUUGCUCCCUUCCCUUAAUUCAAGGAUGGAGGCAAUUCUUCACAUUCUGAAACAAAACCAUAAAUUAAAUAUAAAUAUUUUUGCUUAUAAAUUUUAAAUAUCCAGUGCCAUUAACAAAAAAGAACUGAAAAUACUUAUUGUCAAAUGUCUAGUAUGUGUGUUUAGGAUUUGUUACUGUUAUGUGUGAAGCGCCAACAUAUUCCGCAGAGCUGUACAAUUAGGGGAGCACUUCCAAUAUACACAGGGAGGGCCCUGCAUGUAAGCUGAAAUCUAGCAACUGAAACUUUUAUACAAAGUACUUGGCUAGAUGGUUUGUGCGUUUACAAUCUACAGGAUAUAAUGGGGGAUUCGAAAGUGAUGGCUAAAAAGUUGAGUUGUAGCUUUUGGUAAAAUAUAUAUAUGUGUAUGUAAUUGAAUGAGAUUCUCAAACAGCUGGAGGGAGCAUGCUAUAUAUUUAGGAGGAACGUGGGUGGAUAGUGCUAAGAAAAAUGGACAGUUUCUGGAAAUGUGGAAUGAGGCAUGUAGAACAGAGAUUAAAUAAUUAUAUGAAGGUACUUACAGCCAGGAGGAGCAAAGGAAAGAGGGGGAAGUGGAGACUAAACAAGUUGUAGAUUUAAUGAAAAGUUUAACCGCCAUAUUCUAUAUCCCAAAUUAUUAACGGUGUAUGUGAAAUCUUGGUUGAAUACAUUAAAUGACAAUAAAAGGCAUGCACAGAACUAAGUGGCAAGCUGCAGGUAUAAAAGGUAUAGUAACACAUGUUAACAAUGUAAGAAUAAAGGAGGUGGAGUAUCUUUCAAGAUUCAGUCAGUACCUGCUGAAAAAUUAAUGUUUGAUAGUUAAAGCUAUACCAAACUUACCCAUUGCAUACUCUAACUUUGCCCUUAAAAGACCAUGCUACUUCCCAAAAGCACUUUUAACCCCAGUUUAUAAAUGCUGAUUUGGAUGAAAAAUCAGCAGUUUCAUACAUUAACUAGGCUAUCAUGCAGCCUCCUUUCAUUGGCUCCCCAUAAGCUAAUGAAAGUGGCACACACUAUUUGAGCUUGCCUGUCUCUUCCCACACAGCUCUGGUUAUUUUCCCUGUGAAGAAAUUCUUUUCUGGGGUGAAAAGGGGAGUGGGCUUGCCAACGAUGCGAUUCAGAAGAUCUGCAGCUUUUGCAAGAUCAAAGAUGUACUUUAAUGCCGAUUAGUUGGCACGUAAUGACUCAUUCCAACAUCGUUAAAGAUCCCUUUUGUAUGGCAAGAAAAAUGCCAGUUGUGUUUUCACAAAUGGGUAACCCUAUUUGGCAAACAAUUUACAAACUUGAUAUAAACUUGUUGACCAACUUAUGUUAUCGUAACCUGAGGGACCCACUCAGUGUUUAACAAAGGGCAAACUAAUACACCCCAAUCCCCGUAUAAAGAGUUAACUACUUUUGCUUUUAGAAGUGAUAAGUCUGUAUGUGCAGUAUUUCUGCUUGAAAUAUUGCACCUACAGAAAUGUUACUUUUGUACCGGGGGGCUACCUGUACACUAUCUGGACUGCCUUAUAUCAGUUUAGUGCAAAAAAGUCUGUAUUUUCCACUCCUGGAAACACUGCAUGCACAUGUACUUCUAAAUGAAAGAAAGCUAUAGAUCCUGGGGUUCUCCUGUAAAUAAAAUGUUCUUUCCUCUUUUGCAGAAUUUUGAGGGUGAUGAUGUUGAGCUUUCCUAUGCAAAGAAUGGACAAGAUCUAGGUGUUGCAUUCAAGGUUGGCAAAGAUGUUCUUACCGAUGAGAGUCUCUUCCCACAUGUUCUAUGCCACAACUGUGCUGUAGAGUUCAACUUUGGUCAACUGGCAGAACCUUUCUACCCCAUUCCUGAAGAAUAUACCUUCAUUCAAAAUGUCCCACUAGAUGAUCGUGUGAGGGGCUCAGUUGGACCCGAGCAGAAGAAGGACUGUGAGGUAAGUGUACUUUGUGGUAGUGUAAUCCUUUAACUUUUUUAGUAUCUGUAAUUUAAGAUAUUCUAACAGGAAUGUGCACCAUUAAAGCUGACUUUGAAGUAAAACCCCAAGGGCAGAGUACAGAAUAAUUGAUAGUCCUAACCUCAACAUCGGAGUAUUUAGGGGUGAUAAUUUCUGAUGACUUAAAGGUAGGCAGACAAUGUAAUAGAGCAGCAGGAAAUGCUAGCAGAAUGCUUGGUUGUAUAGGAAGAGGUAUUAGCAAUAGAAAGAGGGAAGUGCUCAUGCCAUUGUAUAGAACACUGGUGAGAUCUCACUUGGAGUAUUGUACGCAGUACUGGAGACCGUAUCAACAGAAGGAUAUUGAUACUUUAGAGAGAGUUCAGAGGGCAGCUAAACUGGUUAAUGGAUUGCAGGAUAAAACUUACAAGGAAAGAUUAAAGGAUCUUAUGUAUAGCUUGGAGCAAAGACGAGACGGGGAAUAUGAUAGAAACCUUUAAAUACAUAAAAGUGAUCAACACAAUAAAGGAGACUAUAUUUAAAAGAGAAACCACAACAAGAGGACAUAGUCUUAAAAUAGAGGGGCUAAGGUUUAAAAAUACCAGCAAGUAUUAAUUUACUGAUGGGGUAGUGGAUGCAUGGAAUGUCCUUCCAGCUGAAGUGGUAGAGGUGAACACAGUAAAGGAGUUUAAGCAUGGUGGGAUAGGCAUAAGGCUAUCCUAACUAUAAGAUAAGGCCAGGGACUAAUAAAAGUAUUUAGAAGACUGGAUGGGCUGACUGGUUCUUACCUGCCUUCACAUUCUGUUUGUUUGUAUCUGCAGGUUAUUAUGAUGAUUGGUUUACCUGGAGCCGGAAAGACUUCAUGGGUUACUAAGCACAUUGAAGAGAAUCCUGGGAAAUACAAUGUCCUCGGAACAAACACAAUUAUGGAUAAAAUGAUGGUGAGUGGUUUAUUUUUUAUUUUAUUUUUUACCCAUUUGUUUGGGUUGACUUGUUCUCAAAACUUUUUUUUUUUUCUUAACUUGCAAUGCAACUACCCAUGUCUGUUUUGAUGCAGGUGGGAAAUAAGAAGCAGACUGAUGCUGGCAAGAUGACAACGUUUCUGCAAAGGGCCCCACAAUGCCUUAGCAAAUUUAUUGAGAUUGCUGCACGUAAAAAGAGAAACUUCAUUCUGGAUCAAGUAAGAACUGGAAAUAAAUCUGACAGCCACUUGACAUUGAUACAGAUUGCUUGUGCUGGUGUGUUUAUAUAUUGUUUACUUUCUUUAGACAAAUGUUUCUGUAGCAGCCCAGAGGAGGAAAAUGUGCCUCUUUGCAGGAUUUCAGCGUAAAGCUGUUGUAGUUUGUCCUUCUGAUGAGAUCUAUAAAGAGAGGACACAGAAAAAGGCAGAAGUGGAGGGAAAGGACCUCCCUGAACAUGCUGUCCUCAAGAUGAAAGGCAAGUGCUUUGACACAUGGUAACUGUUUAGGGAUUGAGUAUUGGGUUCUUAUACUAUUAGAGUUCCCUGCACAUGGGGACCAAUACAUCUGAUCCCUUUGUACAAGGUGGCCCAUGUAUGUAUGUAUAUAUGUAUGUGUAUAUGUGUGUGUGUAUAUAUGUGUGUGUGUGUAUAUAUAUAUGUGUGUGUGUGUGUGUGUGUGUGUAUAUAAUACUUUUAGCCUGUCUAUUCAGUGUUCAUAUAUGUAUUUUGUUUUUGUAUAUCCUCCGGAGACUCAGGCCAUUAACUUGUGUCCUCUAUACUUGAUAUUUCGUUCACAUGCAUCUCAUUUUAUUUUUCCGGGCUACUCUUCUGUAUCCCUGCUGUAUUGCAAAGAGGACAUUCUGGGUUUUCCAUUGAUAGGCUGGGAACUUUUCCUUUUUCAUCAAAAAUUUAUGACAUUGAAAGACUUUAUUUUUUUUUUUUAUUUUUUUUUUAUUAGGUUCUCAGGAGCAUAUGUAUCAUAGAGCGCGUUUUGUUUUUCCUGUGGUCAAUAAAGACCAUAUUUUAUUUCUAUGUAAUCUCAACUUUUUUUUAUCACUUUCUCAUGGCCCUCAAUGUAAGCACAAUUGUGGUUUUGGUUUCUAAUUUGUAUACUAAGGGUUAUCCCCUACUUUAAAGUGGGUUUUUUUUUUUUUGUUUUUUUUAAAUACCCAUUAGCUUCUUUUUAGUAUACUAUACUUUUUUUAUAGUGCUUUAAUGGUGGACAUGUAUUUAAAUAUGAUGCAAUAACAUGUUCUAGGGGUGUCUUCCAGUCAUGCUUGCAAAUGACCUCUAAAAUUUCCAUUAAACACUCCUACUGCAUGCAUUCGUGGUUUUUUGAUGCUACAGUUAUUGCAAAGACGGAGUUCCUAUCCCAUGAUAUAGUGGCAUUAUAUAUAAAUUUUAGUCCUUAUGCAAUGUAUACACUUCACUUACUACCUUCUGCAGUUAAUGAACUUUUGUUUUCCCAUACUUUCCCUUGUAGGUAACUUCACCCUGCCAGAAGCCAGUGAGUGCUUUGAUGAGAUUAUAUAUGUAGAGCUACCUAAGGAAGAAGCUGAUAAACUUCUAGAGCAAUACAAAGAGGAAAGCAAGAAGUCUCUUCCCCCAGAGAAGAAACAAAACACUGGUGUGAAGAAGAUUAACAAAAAUAAAAACCAGAAGACUCGAGGUGGCCCACCCCAUGGGCACGGCCACGGACAUAGAGGGCGUGGAAGUGGAGGAUACAAUAUGCGUGGAGGGAAUUUCAGAGGUGGAGGUAUGUCUUUGAAUAGUGUAUGGGUAGUCAUUUUAUGUGGACUUCGAAGCAGUUUUUUGCUUCAUACAAAAUUUAUUCCUGUCUGUGUGAAGGCAAAUUAAAAAAAAAAUAAAAAUCUAAAUGUCUUGUAAUUGUUGCAGCUAUUCCCCCACACAUAAAACUGUGCCUAAAACUUUAAUACUGCAAAAACCUAAAUGUAGUUGGGGUGAUGGGGCUGUAUAUGAUACUUCUUUUUUAUUUAUUUUUUUAUAUAUCAAUGGUGCACAAAUCAGUCUUUUCUUGUCUCCCUGCCUAGCAGGAAAGAACGGAUAAAAUAAAACUACAAUGGUGCUUUCUAACAAAUCUAACCUUUGAUUUACUUUACUAGCUCAGGAAGUCAAGAAAACUUUUUUUUUUUUCUUGUAUAAAUUGGUAUUUUGCAUCUUCUAUUUGUUUAGCUCCAGUAAAUCGUGGUGGAUACAACAGAAGAGGCAACAUGCCACAGAGAGGUGGUGGAGGUGGCGGUGCUAUUGGCUACCCAUAUCCCCGCGCUCCAGUUUAUCCUAACAGAGGUGGUUAUGGUAGCCGUGGUAACUUCAGCCGCGGUGGUGGAGGUGGGAUGCCAAGCCGUGGAAACUAUAAUCAGGUAACGUGUUUUAAAAAAAAAAAAAAAAAAACUUGACAUUAUCUCAAGACUUGGUGAGUUCUUUUGCAACUUAACAAGCAAAGGUGAACAAGAAUAUAAUACAAAUUAGUUUUCCUUGUUCUCACCCUUUGUAUUCCUAACUCUAAAGUGCUUCAAAGUAUUGAGAUCAUCAGGGGCCCUUGGAUCACAGUAAAGUUGGAGUCUUUGGUUUAGUUUCUCCCACACUAUGCCAAUCUAGCUGGUUCUGCUUCUGUAGCCAAGGUCACUAAACCAUAGCCAAUAAAAUGUAUUACCAUAGGAAAACAUUGGGAGACUAUUGUGCAUGCGUUGAACAACUCCAUGCCACUCAGAGAUGCAUUAAAUCAUACUAGGCGGCAAUGGAACGUUGCAUUAUUCUUUCUCCUUAAAAGGCAUUUAUAUUUAAAGGACCACAGAGACAUGCUUUAGACACCAAAACCACUGCAUUAAGCUGUAGUGGUUCUGGUGUCUAUAGUAUCCCCCUAAUGCAUAAAGGCUUCUAAAGUUGUCGGGUUUUUGUUCUUUGGAGACUGCUUAAUUGUCACUUUUUUUUUUUUUUGACUACUUUUACGGAUGCACAAUUUGUAGUAGUAAAUUCCGGUCUACACUCUUUAAAUGGAAAGAACAUUUUCAAACGUGUACAUAAAUUUUGUAUGGGUGCUUAUUGCUUUAAUUAUUCCGUAGAACUUCAGAGGAAGAGGAAACAACCGUGGCUACAAAAACCACUCUCAGGGCUACAACCAGUGGCAACAGCAGGGUGUAAGUAUUUCAAUCUGUAACUGGAAAACACUGCUUAUUGGGUUUUUCAUUUUAUAUACUAAAACAUCAAACACCUUGACACACUUGCCUCUAGCUUUGGCUUCCCCCCCCCCCCUUCUGAAUAAUCCACAUUUGUCAUUUACAUUUUGAUCAACUUUUAAUACUAGAUUUCUUGGUAUCUAGUCUAAAUCGGGCUCCUAGUUACACUUGUGAGAUGAGCCUGUAUCUUAUGUUGCACAUAAUCUAAACAAUUCUUAUUGGCGAAUAAGCUUAAAAGCUUGUUAACGUGUUAAUAUUUACCCCUUUUUCUAAUUGCAGCAAUACUGGGGUCAAAAGCCAUGGAGCCAGCAGUACCACCAAGGAUAUUAUUGAAUACCCAAAUAAAAAUGAACUGAUACAUAUUUCUCUUCAAAACCUUCACAAGAAGUCGACUGUUUUUUCUUUAGGCUAACAUUUUAAAAACAUUCCACAAGAGGAAGUGCCUGCGGGUUCUUUUUGGGUUUCAUUUUUUUUCUUCCUUUAGUUAAUAAGGGUUUGCAUUCAUUUUAUUUUUAUUUUUUCCACUUCAUACAUUUUUAAUUGCAGUUUUAAAGUGAUUCUAAAGAACCUCAGCAUUGUGCACGAUAAGAGAAUGUGUCAGUAUUUAAGGGUUCUACAUUUUUAUCUGUAAUGUGAUAUAUUUUUUUUUAUUAUUUUUACUAUAACAGAAGUAAAGAUGUUGCUUUGUACCUGGUGUCUGUUUAUUAAGGAAUAUGCUCCCGAAGUUGAAGCAUUUCUAGAUGGGAUUUGUGAAAUUGUUUAAAUCUUGGCAUCCAGAUUAUGUAACUACUUAGUGGCUCUUGGUGACUUUUUUUUUAAUUUUUUUUUUUUUUUUUAUGGAACUGUAAUUAUGCACCAUCUUUUCUAUAGAUAGUAGUGGGAAAUGUCCUGGGUGCAGAAUAAGUGGGAGUAAAUUCAAAGCAAAAUAGUGAGGGUGAAGUAGCUCUUAAAUGUAUUGCUUUAUCUGUGGAAACCGCAGAGACUUUAACUUGUGAAGGAUCAACACCAUUUUCUCCAUUUGUUAUGCAUUUUGACUCUGCAAGUAUAGGCUUGACUGCCUGUUUCUUAUUAAAUUAAAACUUGUUGUAAAUCUAGUUGUCCUAUGGGAUCUAUAUGAAGUUAGCCGUGUCUUUUUGUAUCUCCACUUCCCCCUACCCUUUUUAAUUUGCCUAGUGUGCUUGUAGUUGCACCAUCUCUGUAAACUAAUGAAAUUGUGAGUUACACUUAGUAUCUUGGAAUCAUGUCAGUUCUUUAAUUUGUUUAAUGCCAGCUUGCCUCUAAAGAGACAAGCAGAUAACAUACGUAGUCCUUUAUUUGCAAUAAAUAAAAGUGAAUUGCAUACUCCUGUUUGGGAUUGUCACAUAAAAAGCAAAUCCCCAACCCCCUACAUCUGCCAUGACUGCAUUUUGAUUAUACUUGACUACAAUAAAGAAAUCACAGGUAUGUGCUGUUGUCCAAAAAAGCUCUCUCCACUAUAAACUAGUGGAUUGGGAUUCUGUCCACUUUCAGCAGCUUGGCCUUGGUCCGUAUGCACAUCUCUAAAGGCCUUGACAUGGCAGUCCUCCAGAUAAGCACCAACUGCUUUAUUAUGAUUCUGGUGACCUGUGCAAAGCAGUUCAGCGGUGUCAGAACCCUGCGAUGUGAAGCAUGGCAUAAAGUAACACGUUACACGGAGGGGAUUUCACCCAUGUCCCAGCUGAACGAUACAAAAUGCUUUGGAGCAACUGACGUUCUGUGGCAUAUUGCCCUUAAGGUAAAGUUUGACAAGCUGAAAACACUGCCUCCUGUCUCUUAACUAUGGAUGGGGGAGUGUCUUUAAACUGACUUUGUACUUAAAGUACAUGCUUCACUACUCUUUAACUAACUUAUGGUAAGUUGCAUAUCACUAUUGAUUCCUCUUUUAAAGAGGGAUGACACCCCUUCUAAUAGCCUGAAAUAAAGAAAUCAUUGAGCUUCCAUUGGUUCCUUUUAUUAACUUUAACAUUUGAUAUAUUGUGCAUAUUAAUAAACGAACGAUAUUCCUCAUAAUGAAUGAUUGUGAAAAAUCCUUUCGUGCUCUGUACUUAAUGGGAUAGACAAAAGGAAAACCAGUAGUGUCUGGUUUACAAAAAGUGGUAUGAUUUUUGUCUUCUAUACGGUGUGUGUGCUUAAGAGUCAGGUUUUAUUUCUAGGUGAAUGGUUGUUUUUAUUUUUAUUGUAUAUCUAAAGAUGGGGGGGGGGGGGAUGUGGCAUAAACUGGGAGGUGGGAAUAAACAAAUUAACUUUAGUUGCAAUAGCAUAACUGGUUUUCUAAAUGCUGGCUUAUAUUGGUAAACUACAAGUAAAAAUGCAUUUUGCAUUGUUGGCCUAGGCUUUAUUUUACUGGGUGUGGGUGUGGGGGGGGGGGGAGAAUGGGGUUUCUUAGCAUGAACAUUUUAAAAAAUGGUUCUAUUACUUUAAUCUCUAAACUGUGCAGUGGAAUUAUGAAUGGCCUUAACCUUAUUACCUCUUAUCUGAAUUUUUUUUUUUUUUUUUUUUAAAUCCAGAUUGGGUAUGCUUUGUCUAGGUUUGUCUUAAUUGGCAUUAAUUACUUUUUGGUGCUCUUCUUGUGAACUUAGUUUUACACUUUUCCUCUGUUAAAGGGGUGGUUUUGCGAUGGUUUAGGUGGUUUUUGAGUAGGCACCACUUAAAAUCUGUUCUGGGAUACUGUUGGGGCAAUGUGCAUCCAAGCUUUGUUACUUUCUCAUUCACUUUAAAUAUGGUAGAGGAUGAACCAGCUGACCACAACUAUUCUUCUCUUCCUCCUCCCCCCUUAUUAUACAUGCCAACUACCACAUGGAGUGUUUUAAGGUAGCUGGUAAAAUUGGGUGGGUAGCUACAAUGCCAUGGGGCAUUAUUGGAGUUGGUCCAAAACGAUUCAGCAUAUUUAUGACUAGAAGCCAAACCAGCGCAUAUAUAUAUAUUACUGCAUGUACAUGAAUUUUUUUUUUCAAACUUCCUAUUGUAUGAUUUAUUUGUUAAAUGUAAGUAAUGUUUUAUUCUUUCUAGAUUCUCCUUUGUUAUCAAAGACCAGAGUAACUUUGGCAGACAUGAACUUAAAAGGUUUGUUCAUUCAUGGCACUAUUGUAGUUCUGUUUUGAUAGGGAACAGUCAACUGCCAACUGGUGAUCUGUGUGGAACAGAACCCAAAAUGGCUUUCAGAGUUGCUCUCCUGUAGUCCCUAUCACCAACAUGUAAAAUGCUAAUCUGUCUACAUUGCCUGACACUUGCGGGGUUAUGAACGAACAUGAGAAUGGAAAGUGAAUUUGAAAUUUUUAAGAUCAAAAUGGACUAACUGGAAACAUUCUCUUAAGUCAACAAUGUUUUUCUUUCGGUUUCUCUUGCCUUAAAUUUAAAAACUCACUUUGAAUUCUCAUUUUAGAAUGUUUAACCUUUAUCUAGCAGACAAGCUUUAGCUUGUAAAUGUUGCUUUUUGAAUAAAGAACCCAACAAACUCUUCGCAUUAAGCUUUUGCCUUGCUUGACCCACUUAUGUUUGUGUAGAUAGAAACAAAUUGUGACCACUGUACAAAUGUCUGACAGCUUGUGGAACUGUCAUUUCUCUGGAAACACAAUUCAAUAAACUUGUGGAAAGUAUAUGGUAUAACAGCAAUUUUAAUAAGUAGUGGCGCACAAACAAAGGGAAAUGAAACCGUUCGUUUUUUGUUCUCUAUGCGGUCAUACACACAAGGCAGAUCUUAGUUGUAAGAGGUGUGGAUCUACAUCUAACUUUUAACUAUUUUUUUUCCACACCGCAAAUACAUAUUGGUUAACAAUAUUGGAAUACUCAAACCUAAUCAUUAAUGUGACAGUUCAAAUUUUUAGCAGGCUUUUUUAUGGGGUACUUUGUUUAGAGCAGCAACAUGCAAAAUGAACAUUUACCAUUUCCCUAUGUAGCAACUGGUAUGAGCAAGUUCAAGUGCCAUUAUAGGGGCUAUUAUUUAGAAUCCCUAUCAAUCUAUUUCUUUAUGUGAAAAUUUUUCCAAAGUGAGUUGCACUUAUGAUCCAACAUUUUGUAUUAAACUUAAGGGUUUGCUGCAUUAUCCCCUUAACUGUUUUAUAAUCGAGAAAUAAUUAUGAAAGCUAGUUUGGUAACACAAAUACCAGGAUCUACUUGAAAACUGACAACCAAUUGUACCUUUCCUGUUUACUUUGAUUUAAUCGGAGUACUGUACAGCUAAAGCUAUGUAAGUAGAUACUCUGUUUAUUAAAAUUUGUUUAAUAGUAUAAACCAUUAAAGCGAGUACAGCUGGUUAAAUUUUCACCGACUUUUUUGUUUUUCAGUAUUCUGGCUCAAUGUCUAAAACAAUUCAUUGGUAAGUAAGCAAUUGAUGUAGGUAAGUAUAACUAAAAUUCUUGACGUUGACUAAAGAUGAACUUGGACAUGUUCCUGUAUUAAUGACUAGAAAAUGCAGCCCCUGCAUAUUAAGGGUGUUGGUGAAUUAAUGUAAACCUGGUGUUUGGCUUCUAUGUGUCAAAUGUUGAGUGAGGUUCAAGGAUUCAUUACGAAGAGCACACUUAUAUAAAAUUUUACUACUCUCCUGGUUAUGUAAACCUUUAGAGGUUUGCAUGUUAAUAGUCACUGCACUAAGGAACAGUGUAUGGUUUAAAAAGCCACAAACUGGGGGUAGAGAGAAAUUGUUUUGAUAGGCACGCACUACCAAUCCCUAACAUAUCUGCAGUUGUUAUGCUUCUAUGCUUCUUUUUUUUCUUUUUUUCUUCUUCUUUACACAUUUCAUUUGGGGGGGGGAGGAGAUUUACAAUCUAGCUUUGGGUUUUCAAAUGAAGUCCUAUGUCUAAUCUUCUGAGAGAUGCCUAGUGUGGAAACAGUUAUGUGCUAAAUCUUUCAAUAUUGUGGUAGAGGUGUAUAUAUUUUACUUGUAGGGGCUUGCAGAGCAGGGUACAUAGUGUAUUGUUGCUGUUACAAACUUGAAGGGACUCUAGUCAUCAGAAUUACAAAAUUACCUUCAGGCUUUUUGCUGUAAACACGGUCUUUUCAGAGAGAAUGCAGUGUUUACAUUACAGCCUAGUGAUAACGUCACUGGCCACUCCUUAGAUGGCUGUUAGAGAUCCUUCCUGGGUCAUGGCUGCCUAAAAUGCAUCCAUUCAUUCAGUGUCUCCUCCCUCUGCAUGCAGACACUGAACUUUCCUCAGAUUCAUUGAUUCAAUUCAUCUGAGGAGAUGCUGGUUGGCCAGGGCUGCGUUUUAAUUGUGCUGGCUCUGCCCCUGAUCUGCCUCUUUGUUAGUCUCAGCCAGUCCUAUGGAGAAGCAUUAUGAUUGGAUUAGGAUAACACUUCUGAUGUCAGCAGGCAGCUUGUUUUUGUGAGGGAAAACCGCAUGCAGAUCUUUGAAUAGAUUUUGCUAGAUCUAUGGAGGCAUGAGGGGCUAGAUGGUGGUAUUAACACCAUGGGCAGGAAUACAUGUUUGUUUGUUCCUGACCCUAUAGUGAUCCUCUAAUUAUUUGUCGCAUUCUAAAUGCAAAACCUGCCGGUAUCUGUUACUGAUGUAGUUUCUGCCAUCUGUUUAGCCUGUGAUAACGUAGUGUGCUUCUAUUGGUGACUCUCUGACCUCUUAGAGCAGGGGUAGGCAACCUACAGCACUAGUGCCAUGCACGGCACUCGAGGCUGCUAGAGCCAAACGCACUCUGGCCUAUCAGGAGUCCCAGUAAAACUUCAGAUAUCUGCUAAUACAAAGAGGUGGUGAAGGACAAUCCUCAAUUUAUGCAUUUGUAGCACUAGGAGGAAGUGAUCUCAGAUAACUUCCUCCCAGCACUUGUGAAUGGGAAUCCACACUAUAGUAGAGCAGCCCUUGACAGAUAUUGCAGCUCCUGUUCUUGACCUGUAUGUACCUGGCCAGCCUGGUCCCCACUGGAACAGAAAUAUGCAGAAUAACCCUCCCCUCAUACAAAUAAUAGGAACAGCCCACACACAAACAAUCCCCACAAAUGCAACACCACUAACAAUCCACAUACAUGCAACCUCACAUGCAAUACCCCAAACAGCCCCCACAAACUACCAAACACAUGUGACACAUCCAUCCACACACAAUUCCACAAGCAGCCCUCAUACACAGCCCACAUUCAUAUGUAUCAUACACGAUACCAUAAACUACUCCUGAACAUAUACAAUAUAAUGGCUCAUACGCACAAAUACGAUACAAAGCAAUUACAGUAAAAAUAACAAGCAGAAUAUGGCAGCAUACACACCUCAAUUUAAAAAAAAAUAGGAUCGUCACGCUACGGGAUAUCACAAUCCUAUAGUGGCACAGUGCUGCUAAAAGGUUGCCUAACGCUGUCUUAGAGGAUUAAAGUGCUUAGAUGUGUUCCACCAAAACUUAUAUCUAACACAACAGUCAUAACGCAAAGUUUUGUAGAAAGAUUUUGUACUGCCUCUUUGUGUCUCCAUUUGAAUAGAGUGGUACAAUACUUGUGCUUUUCUCUAAAACUAAGAAAAAGCCUUUCUAUUAGCAUGUGUAUAUUAACCACUCAUAAUAAACUCAGUACUGUCUUUUUAUUAAAGUUCAUUUUUAGUACCUGGUCAUGAAAGUGUAGCGGUUUUAGUGCACUCUGUCCCUGCAGUCUCUAAUUUGUAAACACUCCCCUUUAUGAAAUGGUAGUGUUUACAUUUAACCCAAAGAACACAGCUAGAGGCUGUCACUAGAAGUGUUUUAUAUUCUGAUCCUGCAGUAUUUGCAGGGCCUACAUUUGGCAUCACACUGCAUGAAGAGAUCCCAUAGAUGCAUUUGGGAUAAUGCAUCUUUGAGGAGAUUCUGGUUUGGUAAAGCAUUGGCUGAGAUCUCUGCAUUUACAUCAAGUGAAGUAAAAAAAAUUUUUGGCAUGAUAAAGAUCAUGGUUUGUGACCGAAACGUCUUUUCUGCUACAUUUAAUGGCUGUCAAACGUUAAUUGUUGAGUGCCUGGACCCCUUUCUUUUGUUUAGACAUUGAUUUAAGAUGUAUACCUGCCGAGAGCAGCACACCUACUUUUUAUACUGAUUCAAGGAAAUAUCCUAAUGAAAGUGGAGUAAGUAAUCAAUGUAUGAAGAGUGGAUUACUUCUUUUAUCUACAAGAAAAUGGGACACUGGCACAAAUGUGAAAGCAUUAUAUAACUUGACUGUAGGUCUGAGGUCACUGCACUGAGCAGGGAAGACCUUAGAUACUGUCCAUUUGUAAACCUUGUCGUACCUGAGGUGCAUGGGUUAUGGUGUUUUUGUUUGGGGGGAUUUUCUUUCCCCCCUAAAAGUCCCAUAUCAAAGAAUCAAUUUGUGUUGACGGUUGUCCUUUUUAAUAUCUAGAUUCUAAACAUAGUACAAUCAGUAGCUCACACUACUACUGUAGUAGAGGUCAUGCAAAUUGAAUAAAAGAACAAAGAACCACAAUAAAAUUUCAAACCUAAAAAUGUUUUGGCUAGAAAGCCACUGACCAAACUUUUGUAGGCAUAGGCAGUGUAAGUUCACAGAAAUUCUCCAAUGUCUUAACCUGCAGCCGAAUAAAUUUUAUUUUAAUACAUUCAGAAUGUAAAUAUAGAUGGGCACUAGUGCCAACAACCUAGAUGCAAAGCAGAAUAUUUACAGAAGGAAAGUAGGUGUAUCUAAUAUUGUAUUACUGUACUUAACUACCAACCUCUGAGCACAGCUUCCACACAGCAGACUGGUACAAAUUGCAACUUAAAGGGACAUGCAUCACUUUAAAACAAAUGUAUAAUUCAAAAGCUUUAGCUUUGAAUGAGACAGUUACCACUUGUGGUGUGCUGCAUAUUGAUGCCAUGUUUAAGUAAUAUGUGUCAGUAUAGCCAAGCUGUAAUUUAAGAUUGGCAGAUUAAUUUCAAAAUGCCUAAACAUCUGUAAUUCAGUUCCCAAUUCACAGUUACAAUGUCUUAAGUAAUGAGAAUAAAUGCCAUAUACCUUGUGCCAAGUUGCCUUGUUCUAGCUGUUUGUACAUAGGUGUACACUUUAAUUAUUCAUUUGUAUGAUACGUUUCUGUCCAAUGGCCUGUAGUAUACACUCGGGCUCCCCAUGAUGUAUAGUCAUUAGUGGCAAUUUUUUUAUUGGAUAUGAAUCAUAGACUUAAAAGAACUUUGCCAAUAUCCACCUAAAUGUGACCGAACAGAUUUUUUUUUUUUAAUGGAAAUACCAUCAAAUAAUAAAAUUCAAUUAAGAAAAAAAAAACUUAAUACUUAUAUUUUUAAGCUAGUAUAAUACGAACUACUGAUGCAUUUUCUGAAGCUGAAUAAUAAAGCCAAAUGGCUGGUUCAAAAAAGACAGCUGCAGGCCUGUGUUUUAAUUAGCAGAUGGAGAACUGGUAAACUGACUGCAUUACCAGCUUAAACUAGAGACCUUCUAUAAAACCAGUAUGCCCUUGUCCUCUCCAGUUAGUACAGAGGAAUGCCCACUGAUUAACCAUACAUAGAUGGUUUACUGGAUCUUCAGAGAAGAGGCUAAAAGCGGACUGGGCCUCCCAAAAUAGUGGCCUGCUGACCAUUAAAUUAUUUAUUGGACUGUUAAAGCAGUCUUUCCAAACUGCUGACAAUCAUUGAAAUUGGUAGGAAUAGAACUGCCUCUCAUCUGUUUUGGGCAGUUGGUUUUUUUUUUUUUUUCCUGUCAGCUACACUAUGAACAGAGGAGCUAAUACAGUCCGUGGAAUAUAUUAAUAGAGUAACAGCCGGAUGAGGAAAGACAAAAAUGGAUGUCUGAGAGUUUUAUAAACCUUUAGCAGGUACUGCACGUUCACCUGGUGUUAUCCAUGCCCUAGCUACCAAAUAACACUACAUGCAUUGCAAAAUGCUAGCACAUAUUAGUAACCGGUUGUACAUGUAUACUAGAAGUCUGGGAAUACAAGUGAGCCAUCAUUAAUAUAGCAUAAUGAAAAGAGAAUAUUUUACUGUAUAAAGUAUUUUGACUAGUUGUCUAAAUUGAAAUUGGUGUUUGCUGGUUGUUACAAAUGUGUGUUAAGGACACUUUAAAAUUUUUUAGCUUGCAUUGUAAAUCAUGCUUGAAGUAUGGGGCAUGGCACCAAACUCCCAAUAAAUGCAGUGUAAUAGUGUGCUUUUAGCUGUAAGCACUGCUCUUCUAUAUAAGACUAACUGACCAGUCCAAUUUAUAAAUCUUUUUGCUGAGUACCAUGGAACUGAGUGAGCAAAUGUCUAGAAGUGGAUUCCAUGCAGACUUAAUUUUCUGCUAUUACAGUAUCUGUAUUCUUGUUUUAUACUUGGAAACCUAAUAAAAACUGCAUAAAUCUUUCCUGACUUCUGUUUUUUUUUUUUUUUUUUUUUAAGAGGAAAAUUAUAUAUGCAUAUAUUUUCUUUCACUAAGCAAAAUGACAAUGUAAACUAGCCGUGCUGUAACUGGAGAUUGGUUGAAUAUUUUUCCAAAUCUAUGUAAGCCUACAUUUUGCAUUUAAAGGACCACUAUAGGCACCCAGACCACUUCAGCUCAAUGAAGUGGUCUCUGUGCCAGGUCCCUCUAGUUUUAACCCUGAUGCUGAAAACAUGGCAGUUUCCGAGAAACUGCUAUGUUUCACUGAGUGUUAAUCCAGCCUCUCAGGCUGUCUCACUAACAGCCACUAGAGGCCACUUCUUUACUGAAAAUCAGUGAGACGCUGACGUCCAUAGAGUAAUGCUUUCCUAUGGGCGUUUUUUCAUACUUCAUGAAAAUCCUUAAGCCAAACUUUUUUUAUUUUUUUGUAAUGAGUGUGCAUGCACACAGGGCAACAUGGACAGAAACACGUGAUUUAACUCCUAAAUGGCAGAGAAUUGAGCUGUUAGAUUGCAGAGACCUGAUCUAUACACUAAAACUGCUUCAUUAAACUAAAGUUUUGGUGACUGCAGUAUCCCCUUUAACCCAUUAUGGUGUGCUAUGCUGUCCUGGCAUUAAUGGGCUUAAACGCCAUAUAGGCAGAAUAUCACGCAGAUCACGAUGGCAAAUCAGUGGUGUUCAGCUUGUGAUCGCAGUGACAGUCACUGUUACAAUGUGUCUGCCAAUGAUUUUAAAUCACUGGCUGACACAUUGUCUCUGCCCCUCCCUUUGAGCUGAGAGGGGCAGAGAGAUUGUUGCAAAUUGUACCUUUUGUGCAAAAGAUUCUUAAUUUUUUUUUUUUUUUAACAGUGAUCAGCCUGAUUAGUGUUAAUAGUACAUUUGAUUUUUCUUUUUUGUUUUUCUCCAGCUGCAGCAACCUAAAUCUUAACACGUUCCCUGCUACUGUGAUCGCUCUACUGUACCAGUGGUCAGAGGGCUCUGAUCAGGCUGUCUCCCCCCCCUCCCCCCUUUGGGACUGCGAUAAGUCAUUUUUAUUUAAAUGUUUGGGUUUUUGUGGGUGAGAGAGUGUGAAUAAAUUAAUUGCCCCCUUAGCGUUUAAAGUUUUUAGCAUUAAAUUAGUCCCCCUUAGAACGGCACGUCUCUAUUAUGCAGAGGGGUAUGCCAUUCUAGCAGGCAGUGAUGGUGUCACUGUCUCGCAGAGUGUCACUAUCACUGCCUCUGACAUUGAGCCUGUGAACAAGUUCCCAAGUGAUUGUGCACCACCACCUACACUAACAUUAUAAGCCCAAGGACAGACACUGGGUACCCCAAACCUGACUGCCCUAGAAAUACCAUUCACGGCAACCACUGGCAUUACUGUUAUGGUGGAUGCUUGUGAGCCCAAAAAAUUUCAGCUAUUUGUCAGGCAUACUUCAGCUAAUCGUUAACCAAACCAAUUUAUUUGCCAAUCAAUAUCUUAUUGCAAAUUCAAGGUCACGGAUCUAGUAGAAAUGCGCAAAUUUAAAAAAAAAAAAAUCGCUAUAGGGUCAGGGAAAACAAACCCGUUUUCCUGACACUAUAUAGUGCCCCCACCCUCAGGGUCCCCCUCCCUUGGCCCUGACCGGAUUAAACGCCUUUCAGCUACUUGCCUUAAUCCACUGCCAGGCUCCCUUGGCACUGGUGACCUCUCCUCCCCUGCCACCGUCCGCUCCCAUGUGGAGCGGAAUGCGCAACAAGGGUCGCGCAUGCAUUCAAACAGUCCAUCGGAAAGCCUUUUUCAAUGCUUUCCUAUGGACGUUCUGCACGCUGGAUGUGAAUUUCGCAUCCUGCAUCACAGAUACGCCUCUAGCGGCUGUCAGGAAGACAGUCACCAGAGGUUGGCUUACCCCUGCUAUGUAAACAUAGCAAUUUCUCUUAAGGAUUAAAACCUGAGGGACCUGGCACUCAGAACACUUCAUUGAGCUGAAGUGGUCUGGGUGACUAUAGUGUCCAUUUAAGUCAUGGUUAUCGUAAAAAAAAAAUAUAUAUUUUUUUGUAAAUAUUUCCAUUCCCGAAUCCCCCUCCCCCACACUGUAAAAGGUCACCUCACAGAAUUCCAUGUUUGCUGGAAGAGAGUCUGAAAGGACUCCAGUUAUUACUGCGCCUCCUGUCCAUCCCUACCCGCCCUCUGCAUAACAAACGGUUUUAAAGUCUACCAUACAGAGCUGAACUACUCACGCUGUAUGGGACUUUGGUAUUUUGCUUGAUUUCUCGGGAUUUUUGACCUGCUUCUCCUGACUAAGCUUGGUAGCUGCCUGUACUGGCUUCCCCUGACCUUAUGUCCCUGUUUACCUUAGCCAUUGUAAAGUGGCUACACCUAACAAUUCUAAAUACAUUUGUAGUACUUGUUAAAAUGUGACUUUACAAAGAAACUAAUCACCGGGUAAUACUCUGAUUAGCACUGAAAGAGUUAAUUUAAAUAUAUCACACAGUACCUCUGUGUAAUAUCAAAGAUAUCUGUCUUUCUCACCUUCAGAUCAAAGUGUAUAUGGAGCACUUUAUUCAUGUGAUAAAAAUCUGGAAAAAAAUGGUGUAUGGGGGCACUGUCAGAGAUAAUUAAAUCAAAAUACUGAGGUUUUAUUGCAUUAAUAUCAGGAAUAUAACAUUUUCUGUGAAAAGGGAAUUCAUGAGUAUAAAAACCUGACAAAAGCAUAAUUGCUACAUGGGCACUACAUUAAAGUGGGUAGACCAAGCAUCUCAAAAUAUGCCAUUUGGAAUACCCUGGGUUGACUGCUUUUAAUAAUGCUAUGCCAUCAUCGGUUUAAUUUUUUUUUUUUUUUCUCCUGGGCUGCUAUAGUCAGUGACAUAUGGUGAGAAAAUCACUUUAUCAAGCUGAAAAGGACAUCUAAUAUAUUUGGCCCUGUGAGUUACCAAAACAAAUGAAAAUAUUGGGGGUACUGUUUAUAUUUGUGAAACAAUGUGUAAACAAAAUACUGAGGCUCUAUUCCACCCCUAUUGGGAAUAUGAAAAGUCCUGUGAAAAUUGAGUUUGUGUGUGAAAAAGCAAAAAAACAAACUGCUUUUACAGACCCGGCAUUUCUGAUAAAGUGGUUAGACCAAACACCUCAAAACACCCAAUUUCAAAUAGUCUGGGUUGCCAUACUUUCUCAAAAACAGGCCCAGAAAAUCACUUUGACAAAUUUCCAACAUUGAAAUGGACAUUAAUACAUUUUAUCCCUGUGACUCCCUUCCCCCAAGAAACAGAAAAACCGGUACAUGCUGGUACUGGCCCUCAGGUUUCAAAAGAUACUUAUAGAACUACGUCAUUAAGGGCACACUCAGAAUUGCAGUAGCUGAAUGUGAAUGCUCAGCUGUGGUAUUGAAAAUUAUUUUUUAAGUGCUAUUUGCAGUGCUCACUUUGAGAGCUGCAUAUAUGUAACCUGUCAGUCUGGUCCACAAAUUGUCUGACAAAGGAAAUCCUCAGAUGUCAAAUUACACCUGGGACUUCUUGGUACCAGAAACAAUUUAACCCUGGUGCUGCUUUUGAUGCAUGAUCUAUUUUGUCAGUGGCUGUUAAACCCCAGCAUUGUAUGGCUUAGAUAUUAAGGCAGCCUUUAAGGAAGUGUGUGUAAAAUAUAAAAUUCAACGCAAUCGUAUACUAAACUCAUUUAGUAAACUGCAAUUUCAAAGCUCACAAAAUGUCUUUUAUUUUUUAAUGCCUAACCGAGGCAAAAAUAAUAGGGCAUUAGUUAUAAUACAUUGCAUAAGCUUGCCACAAAACAAAUGUACCCCAUUGUUGGCAGGUCCUAUCCUAACAACUGUAUACCUGUUCUUAUGAGAUUAACCCAAUUAAUUGGGAAAUCUUGGGGCUCUUUGCAGUGCAAGGUCAAAUAGGGCACUGACAUUAGGCACAUGUGAUAGGGUAUAAUGUGGAAAAAACAGAAAUUCUAGGUACUUCUUUGGAAAAAUGUAAGUAAAACCUAGCUUUUAUUUAGCUUAAAACCAAAAAUGGCAACAUUUCAAAAAACUUUUGUGAGGAAAAAGUGUGUGUGUGUGUGUGUGUGUGUAUAUAUAUACACACUUUGAUUUCUUUUAAUAAUAAUAAAAAAAAAAGUACUCAUCCCCUUCAUGAAUUUAGUGAACGCUGUGAUUCAAUGUGCCCAACUUGAGGAUGCAGGCCUGUUCACACAGCUGAGUGCAUACACACGAAAUGAACAUACAUAUGUGAAAGAAUUAAAAACAAUUGGCAUUGUAUUAGCCAAACAAGUACUGAAAAACAGAAUGACAAAGUACUUAAGUCCACAACCAAUUUUUUUGCUGUUUGUGUUCAACCGCAAUUUGCAUCUCUCAUUUGUUGUAUCGACACAUAAUGUUAGAGGUCAAAAAGGGCUUUAAUUCGAUCUCACAUUUUUGUAAAUAUUUUAUAUCUUUUCGUGUGACAACACUGAAGAAAUUACACUCUGCUGCAAUGUAAAGUAGUAAAUGUACAACCAUUAAUGUCUAAACCGUUGGCAACAAAAGUGAGUACAUCCCUGAGUGGAGUUGUCCAAAGUGUCAAUAUUUUGUGUGGCCACUAUUAUUUUCCAGCACUGCCUUAACCCUCGUGGGCAUGGAGUUCACCGGAGCUUCACAGGUUGUCACUAGAGUCCUCUACCAUGACGACAUCACGGAACUGGUGGAUGUUAGAGACCUUGCGCUCCUCCACUUUCCAUGUGAGAAUGCCCCACAGAUGCUCAAUAGGGUUUAGGUCUAGAGACAUGCUUGGCCAGUCCAUCACCUUUACCUUCAGCUUCUUCAGCAAGGCAGUGGUCUUCUUGGAGGUGUGUUUAGGGUCGUUAUCAUGUUGGAAUACUGCCCUGUGGCCCAGUCUCCUAAGGGAGGGGAUCAUGCUCUGCUUCAGUAUGUCACAGUACAUGUUUGCAUUCAUGGUUUCCUCAAUGAAUUUUCGCUCCCCAGUGCUAUGCAGGCCCAGACCAUGACACUCCCACCACCAUGCUUGACUGUAGGCAAGUACUCCUCACCUGGUUACCGCCACACACUCUUGACACCAUCUGAACCAAAUAAGUUUAUCUUGGUCAUAUUGGACCACGGGACAUGGUUCCAGUAAUCCAUGUCCCUUUGUCUUCAGCAAACUGUUUGCGUGCUUUCUUGUGCAUCAUCUUUAGAAGAGGCUUCCUUCUGGGACGACAGCCAUGUAGACCAAUUUGAUGCAGUUUGCGGCGUAUGGGCUGAGCGCUGACAGGCUGACCCUCCCACCCCUUCAACCUCUGCAGCAAUGUUGGCAGCACUCAUAUUUCUGUGAAAGCACUGUAUGGUCUUGCCCACCGUGCUGCAGCUCAGUCUCAGGGUAUUGGAAAUUUUCUUAUAGCCUAGGCCAUCUUUAUGUAGAGCAACAAUUCUUUUUGUCAGAUCCUCAGAGUUCUUGCCAUGUUGAACUUCCACUGACCAGUAUGAGAGAGGGUGAGCGAUAACACCAAAUUUAACACACCUGCUCCCCAUUCACACCUGAGAUCUUGGAACACUAACAAGUCAUAUGACACUGGGGAGGGAAAUGACUAAUCGGGCCCAGUUUGGACAUUUCCACUUAGGGGUGUACUCAAUUUUGUUGCCAACAGUUUAGACAUUAAUGGCUGUGUGUUAAGUUAUUUUGAGAGGACAGCAAAUUUACACUUACUAUUUUAUAUUGUAGCAGAGUGUUAUUCCUUGGUGUUGUCACAUGAAAAGAUACGGUAUAUAAACUCUCAUUAAUUAGCAUUUUUUUUUCUGCCUUUUUGGCCCACACAGUGAGCUUCUACUGUAUAUUUCGCAAACCAUAUAUGUGCUAUGGCAGUAUAACACUUUAUAGGUUACUUAGCUAUGUCGUCUGAGCACAGGAAUAACCCCGUAUGUACCUUUGCCAGGUAUAUGUGUAUGUUGAAGGGGAACAUUUGAGACACAGCAAUUCAGUUUUUUUCAAACUUUGAAUUUUUACGGUGUCCAUGUUCCAUUUUCGAGUAGUUUAGCUGGUUGGUUAUUUAAACUACCCCACAAAUGCAUACCAUUUCACUAACUUUUUUUUUUAGAGGGAGAAGCAGAUUAGUGCUGAUCUGUCUCCCUGCACUUCACACUGAAUGAGGAAGAGCAGGGAGGCGAAUCAGCAGUCCCUGCAGCACGUGUGCAGGAACAGCGCCAUCGGGUGCUCCCUUUCGGCCUCGGAUACCGACUGGAGGAGCAUUAACCUCGCGAUCGUCGCGUUCUGGGAUUAACUGUAGUAAAUGACGGAAAUUUUACGUCAUGCGCCCUUAACGGUAGGACAAGUAUGACGGAAAUUUUCCAUCUUGCGUCGGUAAGGGGUUAAACCUUAAAAGAACACUACUAUAGUGGCAGAAGUACAUUGGAUUUAAAAAAUAUAUAUAUAUAAUUUAGACCCCUGGGUAUUCUUCUCCCCCCCCAGCACUGUACAGGUCUGGUCAUGGCUGGCUCCACCUCUUUGAUAUCAUCAAAUUUGAUAAUGUAAUAAGAUCCUAGACUAGAUCUAGCCUGGGAGACAGCUUACAGGUGUAGGGAACACAGUGUAUACAAAACAGUCCUUUGGUAGCCACUCAUUACAUUAUUUACCCUGCAACUAUCUCUAGGUAGGUGGUACGUGUCAAAGUAACAUCCACAUGAAUGCCAGGACCCAAGAUUUUCCAAAAGAGCAUUGCAUACAGCUGCCAAAUGCCUCUGCUUUUAUCCUGCUGCCAUCUCUUCCCCAGGUAAAAAAACCCAGUCAUCCACCUGAUCUUAAAGAAAACAUGAGUCAUCAGAACAGACAACUUUUUUCCCCUCAGUGCUUCCAUAGUCCAGUUCUAAUGCUUAUGUCACCACUGAAGAUGCUUUCAGCAGUGGACUGGGGGUCAUCAUGGGCAUCUGAGUGGUCUGCAGCUACACUGCUGUAUAUGCAGCAAAUGUGUUCUGAAACCUUUCUAUCUGUUCUGAUUUUUUUCCAGCAAUUUGUACUACAUUAGCUCUCCUGUGUCAUCGAACCAGACACGCUAGCCUUCACUCCCCACAUGCAUCAAUGCACCCUACGCACCCAUGAACCUGAUGCUAGUUCACCUUCCUUGCACCACUUUUGGUAGGUACUAACCAAUGCAUACUGGGAACAUUACACAAGGCUUGCCGUUUUUUUAGAUGCUCUGACCUAGUCAUCUAAGCCAUCACUAUUUGGCCUUUCUCAAAGUCACUCAUAUCUUUUUGCUUGCCCAUUUUUCCUGCUUCCAACACAAUAUUCAAGAACUGAUUGUUCACUUACUGCCUAAUAUAUCCCACCCCUUGAUAGGUGCCUUGUCGCGAGUAGCUAAUUGCUAAACUGUGGACUCACCAAUUCAUCCCUUGGAGGUCCAGGAUAGUCCCUGAGUGGAGUAGGCUGUGGAAGAGCUUUAAUAAUUGACCAGAGUAUCUGCACCAGAACAGCUCUCAUAGUCCGGCAAAGUCAUUGGUAAUUAAUAGCCUGCCAAACAUCAAAUGAGACUUGAUGAAGGGUGAAAAACAAGGACACUUUAUUAGGAUUCUACACACAUUUAUGCCCAGACCCCGAUCAUGGGGCCAUUAACUGCAUAAUGGUGAUCCAACCCAGGUGCCUUUGUGUCUGGGAGAUCAGAUUAAACGCUUCUAACUUAAAUAAUCUCCUGAUACAUAGGUGCCUAACAUGAACAACCCUUAAAAUAACGUAAAAAACAAUAUUAACUCCCCACACGUUUGAUUUCCCUGGAUAGCAAGUCCCCAAACAUCCAAUCUGGCAAAAUAGCACCCUGAUCCCAUGUUAGUAGUGGAAACACCACCUGCUAGAUUUGACCUGAAGUAAUGGUGUUCUCCCAGAGCACUUAUCUGGCUGUUUGGUAUGAUCGGGUGAUUCUCUUUUAAGGCACUUAGGCUGGAAUGGUCUGCAGAAUGGGGAAAAUAAGCAAUGUAAUUAUUAUAUUUUAUUUUAUAUAGCACCAACAGAUUCCAUAGCGCUUUACAAUAUUAUUAUAGAUGGGGAUUUAACUAUAAAUAGGACAAUUACAAAAAAAACCUUACAGGAACAAUAGCUUGAAGAGGACCCUGCGAGCUUACGGUCUAUAAGAGGAGGGGUAUAGAACAAAAAAGGACACUAGAUCACCAGAACAACUACAGCUUAUUGUAUUUGUUCUGGUGAGAAGAAUCAUUCCCUUCUGGCGUUUUGCAGUAAACACAGUUUUUUCAGAGAUUAUAUAGUAUUUACAUUAUAGCCUAGGGAUACAUGCACCCUGGCCACUCCUCCGAUGACUACUAAAAUGCUUCCUGGGGCAGUGGGGCAUUCAGUGUCUCCAAACUGUGCAUGCAGACACUGAACUUUCCUCAUAAAGAUGCAUUGAUUCAAUUAAUCUCUAUGAGGAGAUGCUGAUUGGCCAGGGCUGUGUUUGUCUUGUGCUGGCUCUGCCCCCUUGACAGUCUAAGCCAAUCCUAUGGAAAGGCAUUGGGAUUUGCUCACAUAUUCACGUCUGAUGAUGUCAGCAGACAGGUCAGAGGCAGCAGCAGACUUGAAUACAAGUAAGAUUUUACUAUAUUUAGGGAGGCAAUGUGGGGGCAGUUGGUGGUUUUACCACUAUAGGGUCAGGAAUACACAUUUGUGUUCCUGACCCUAAAAUGUUCCUUAACCCCUUUGUGACGAAUAACGGACCUGGUCCGUCAUGGCAGGGAAACUGUUAACGCAGAAUGACGGACCAGGUCCAUCAUGCUAACCCCAGAUCGCCGCGAUCUCUGUAUUAGAGGCAGACCGGGAGCACCCGAUCACGCUGCCCCUACAGCAGUGAUUGCUCUGACAGGCUGUCAGAGCAAGGACAUGUGCUGCAGGGACUCACGAUUCGCCUCCCUGCUCUUCCACGGUCUUUGUGAAGUGCAUGGAGACGGAUCAGCAGUGAUCUUCUCCUUGUUAAAAAAAAUAAUAAAGUUAUAGUAAAAUCCCACCCCCCUUCCCCUGCUUUAAUAAAAUUAACUGCUUCCCUGCCAAUUGAUCACUGGCUACAGUGAUCAACUGGCAGGGUAUACAUUUUACUGUGAUCUGAUUUUUUUUUUUUUAACCCCUUUAACCCUCAGGGGUUAAAUUUAUGUUAUUAAUUUAAAUAUAUUAAAAUGAUAUAUUUAGCUAGCUGGGGUGGGUGGAAGUUAGUGGGAAAUUGGGGAAUUUGGUGUUAGGCUAGCUAGGGGUUAAUGUUAAAGUUAAAAAAAGUUAUAAAAAAGUCUUAAAAGUUAAAAAAAAAGUGUUAACGUUUUUAAAAUAAAGUUUAAAAAUUCCCACCCCAACUAUAUACAGUGAUCAAAAUACAGAUCACAGUAUUUUAGUGUGAUCCGAUUUUUUUAUUUUUUUUAACCCACAGGGUUCAAUAUAUUUAAUUAAUUCAUUUAAAUAUUUUAAAAUGAUAUAUUUUGCUAACUGGGGUGGAGUUUUAAAAAGUUUAAAAAAGUAAAACAAUACAUUUAAAAAUGCUCAUUACCACUACACCUGGAACAAACUGGAGAAAAAAAUGAUCCCACGCUAAGGUUCAAAAUAUACCUUUUGACUUAACCCAGGGUGUAUUCUUUAAUAAAUAGUAUGUGUUUGUGGAGAAGUUUCAAUAACCAACCAGCUAAACUACUCCAAAAUGGAACAUGGACACAGCGUAAAACUUCAAAGAAAAAAACUGAAUGACUGCGUCUCAAAUGUGCCCCUUCAACAUCCACAUAUACCUGGCAAAGGUACAUACGUGGGUAUUGCUGUACUCAGAUGACAUAGCUGAGCAACAUAUGUAUUAUACAGUCAUAGCACACAUAGGGUUUGCAAAAUAUACUGUGCAAACUCACUUUGUGUGUCAAAAAGAAACGCUUAUUACCACUACACUUGGUACAAGCGGAAAAAUGAUCCCACGCCAAGGUUCAAAAUAUGCCUUUUGAAAUACCUUUGAAUGUCUUCUUAAAGAAAUGGUAUGCCUUUAUGGGGUAUUUGCAUUAUAUAGUCUGCUAAAAUAUUUUAAAAUGGGACAUGGCACAGCGUAAAAAUUUAAAGUUUGAAAAAAAAACUGGAAUGACUGUGUCUCAAAAGUGCCCCUCCGAUGUCCACAAAUACCUGGCAAAGGUACAUACGGGGGUAUUGCUGUACUCAGCCGACACAGCUGAGCAACAUAUGAAGUAUUAUACAGUUGUAGCACACUUACGAUUUGCAAAAUAUACUGUGCAAACUCACUUUGUGUGUCAAAAAGACAUAAAAAACGCUUAUUACCACUACACUUGGUACAAACUAGCGGAAAAAUUUUACAUAUACAGGGAGUGCAGAAUUAUUAGGCAAGUUGUAUUUUUGAGGAUUAAUUUUAUUAUUGAACAACAACCAUGUUCUCAAUGAACCCAAAAAACUCAUUAAUAUCAAAGCUGAAUAUUUUUGGAAGUAGUUUUUAGUUUGUUUUUAGUUAUAGCUAUGUUAGGGGGAUAUCUGUGUGUGCAGGUGACUAUUACUGUGCAUAAUUAUUAGGCAACUUAACAAAAAACAAAUAUAUACCCAUUUCAAUUAUUUAUUAUUACCAGUGAAACCAAUAUAACAUCUCAACAUUCACAAAUAUACAUUUCUGACAUUCAAAAACAAAACAAAAACAAAUCAGUGACCAAUAUAGCCACCUUUCUUUGCAAGGACACUCAAAAAGCCUGCCAUCCAUGGAUUCUGUCAGUGUUUUGAUCUGUUCACCAUCAACAUUGCGUGCAGCAGCAACCACAGCCUCCCAGACACUGUUCAGAGAGGUGUACUGUUUUCCCUCCUUGUAAAUCUCACAUUUGAUGAUGGACCACAGGUUCUCAAUGGGGUUCAGAUCAGGUGAACAAGGAGGCCAUGUCAUUAGAUUUCCUUCUUUUAUACCCUUUCUUGCCAGCCACGCUGUGGAGUACUUGGACGCGUGUGAUGGAGCAUGCAUGAAAAUCAUUUUUCUUGAAGGAUGCAGACUUCUUCCUGUACCACUGCUUGAAGAAGGUGUCUUCCAGGAACUGGCAGUAGGACUGGGAGUUGAGCUUGACUCCAUCCUCAACCCGAAAAGGCCCCACAAGCUCAUCUUUGAUGAUACCAGCCCAAACCAGUACUCCACCUCCACCUUGCUGGCGUCUGAGUCGGACUGGAGCUCUCUGCCCUUUACCAAUCCAGCCACGGGCCCAUCCAUCUGGCCCAUCAAGACUCACUCUCAUUUCAUCAGUCCAUAAAACCUUAGAAAAAUCAGUCUUGAGAUAUUUCUUGGCCCAGUCUUGACGUUUCAGCUUGUGUGUCUUGUUCAGUGGUGGUCGUCUUUCAGCCUUUCUUACCUUGGCCAUGUCUCUGAGUAUUGCACACCUUGUGCUUUUGGGCACUCCAGUGAUGUUGCAGCUCUGAAAUAUGGCCAAACUGGUGGCAAGUGGCAUCGUGGCAGCUGCACGCUUGACUUUUCUCAGUUCAUGGGCAGUUAUUUUGCGCCUUGGUUUUUCCACACGCUUCUUGCGACCCUGUUGACUAUUUUGAAUGAAACGCUUGAUUGUUCGAUGAUCACGCUUCAGAAGCUUUGCAAUUUUAAGAGUGCUGCAUCCCUCUGCAAGAUAUCUCACUAUUUUUGACUUUUCUGAGCCUGUCAAGUCCUUCUUUUGACCCAUUUUGCCAAAGGAAAGGAAGUUGCCUAAUAAUUAUGCACACCUGAUAUAGGGUGUUGAUGUCAUUAGACCACACCCCUUCUCAUUACAGAGAUGCACAUCACCUAAUAUGCUUAAUUGGUAGUAGGCUUUCGAGCCUAUACAGCUUGGAGUAAGACAACAUGCAUAAAGAGGAUGAUGUGGUCAAAAUACUCAUUUGCCUAAUAAUUCUGCACUCCCUGUAUGUAAAAAUGCCAUUUCCCCACCACAAACAUUGACAUGAAUUGGUGAAAAAAUGGUGACAAGUUAAGGCACAAUAUACACCAUAUAAGAUACUCUGGGGUUUCUGCUUUAACCUUUGUGGGGUUAUUUGAACAGUCACACUGCUAUAAUCACCUAAAAAGACACGUCAAAUCCAUCUACGAAAAUUCUAACUAUAGAAACGGAAAUAGCCUUGUCUCUUAUAUGGCAUUGCAGCUUUACAGAAAAGUGCCAAAGGCAUACAAUGCGGGUUAUGUGAUACACAGCAGAUGUAGCUGAACAAAAUAUGGGGUUCUGUGCUGGAGUAGCACACACCAGCUUUACGAAAUACACAUUACAAAAAACCUUGUUAUAUGUGUAUAUGCCAAAAUAAAGAAAAAACACAAUUUUACUCCAAUAUUUAGCAGAGAUUCGCGACUAACCUUAGUUAACUAGCCUGUGAAGUCUACUUUAUAUAAAUAUAUACUUUUGUGUGGCAAUUGGUUUUUCUGUGUUGGCUACUAAACCUACAAGACAAACAUACCAACUUCUAAAAUUGUUGCAAAUUGAAAUUUUAUUUUAGUCCUUGUAUUUUGUGACCAGUAACUUUCAAAAUAAGCUGAAAUCCUAUACAUAUGAUGUACUCUAUAAAUCAAGACACAAAUGAAUUUAUUUUGAAUUACUUUUUCUAAGCUGGACAUAUUAUGCACAUGCUAUUUUUGCCAAAACUGUGAAUUUUUUUUAUUCUCCCCCCCCCCCCAUUUUUUUUGGCAUUCGUUUAUAAUUAAUGAGAAUGUAUCUAUGUGUAUGUGACAUCAAAUUAAAGCCCUGUUUGCCCUCUAAAAAACGAUGUAUAAUAUGUGUUGGUGCAAUAAAUGACAGAGAUGCAAAUUGUGUUUCAACACAAACAGCAAAAAAAUGCAAAAAUGGCUUUUGUCCUUAAGCGUAAGACAAGGUUCUGAAGCUGUGUCCUUAAGGGGUUAAAGCUCUUUUGGUACAGUAAAUGGUGUUUCUUCAAAUAGGCGAUAUUCAUACUAUGUUGGAGGAGAGUGAGGGGUUCUAAUCAAGUAGAGCAAAACGAAAUGUUGAUACAGUUCAAUGCCCAAGCGAGGACAGCCAGUGACAGGGAGGUUAAGUACAACACCCCCACUGUAUGCUUUUGCCACCAUUCUGUUUGUCCAAAAUAUAGCACAAAGAGCUUUGACUUAUAAAGGGAGGCCCAUACAGUCAGUUCCAUAAAUAUUGGGACAUCGACACAAUUCUAAUCUUUUUGGCUCUAUACAACAAUACAAUGGGUUUGAAAUGAAACAAACAAGACGUGCUUUAACUGCAGACUUUCAGCUUUAAUUUGAGGGUACAUCCAUUUAGAUUUACAUCCAAAUCAGGUGAACGGUGUAGGAAUUACAACAGUUUGUAUAUGUGCCUCCCACUUUUUAAGGGACCAAAAGUAAUGGGACAGAUUAACAGUCAUAAAUCAAACUUUCACUUUUUAAUACAUGGUUGCAAAUCCUUUGCAGUCAAUUGCAGCCUGAAGUCUGGAAUGCAUAGACAUCACCAGACGCUGGGUUUCAUCCCUGGUGAUGCUCUGCCAGGCAUCUACUGCAAAUGUCUUCAGUUCCUGCUUGUUCUUGGGGCAUUUUCCCAUCAGUUUUGUCUUCAUCAAGUGAAAUGCAUGCUCAAUCGGAUUCAGGUCAGGUAAUUGACUUGGCCAUUGCAUAACAUUCCACUUCUUUCCCUUAAAAAAACUUUGCUUUUGCAGUAUGCUUCGGGUCAUUGUCCAUCUGCACUGUGAAGCGCCGUCCAAUGAGUUCUGAAGCAUUUGGCUGAAUAUGAGCAGAUAAUAUUGCCCAAAACACUUCAGAAUUCAUCCUGCUGCUUUUGUCAGCAGUCACAUCAUCAAUAAAUACAAGAGAACCAGUUCCAUUGGCAGCCAUACAUGCCCAUGCCAUGACACUACCACUACCAUGCUUCACUGAUGAGGUGGUAUGCUUUGGAUCAUGAGCAGUUCCUUUUCUUCUCCAUACUCUACUCUUCCCAUCACUCUGGUACAAGUUGAUCUUGGUCUCUUCUGUCCAUAGGAUGUUGUUCCAGAACUGUGAAUGCUUUUUUUAGAUGUUGUUUGGCAAACUCUAAUCUGGCCUUCCUGUUUUUGAGGCUCAGCAAUGGUUUACAUCUUGUGGUGAACCCUCUGUAUUCACUCUGGUGAAGUCUUCUCUUGAUUGUUGACUUUGACACACAUACACCUACCUCCUGGAGAGUGUUCUUGAUCUGGCCAACUGUUGUGAAGGGUGUUUUCUUCACCAGGGAAAGAAUUCUUCGGUCAUCCACCACAGUUGUUUUCCGUGGUCUUCUGGUGUUUUUGAGCUCACCGGUGCGUUCUUUCUUUUUAAGGAUGUUCCAAACAGUUGAUUUGGCCACACCUAAUGUUUUUGAUAUCUCUCUGUUGGGUUUGUUUGAUAGCUUGCUUCACUGAUAGUGACACUUCUUUGGAUCUCAUAUUGAGAGUUGACAGCAACAGAUUCCAAAUGCAAAUAGCCCACUUGAAAUGAACUCUGGAUCUUUUAUCUGCUCCUUGUAAAUGGGAUAACGAGGGAAUAACACACACCUGGUCAUGGAACAGCUGAGCAGCCAAUUGUCCCAUUACUUUUUGUCCCUUGAAAAGUGGGAGGCACAUAUACAAACUGUUGUAAUUCCUACACCGUUCAGCUGAUUUGGAUGUAAAUACCCUCAAAUUAAAGCUUAAAGUUUGCAGUUAAAGCACAUCUUGUUAAUUUCAUUUCAAAUCCAUUGUGGUGGUGUAUAGAGCCAAAAAGAUUAGAAUUGUGUCGAUGUCCCAAUAUUUAUGGACCUGACUAUAUAUCUAAGACUGAAGAGAAUACUGAGUGGUAGAAAAGCAUGUUUGUAUUUCUAAUGUUGUUUCACUUUAAAAUUUGUUUGUAGUCGGGGAAAAUAAACCGUGUUAUAGUAGUGGUGGUAUAAGACAGUUGUGGUGUGCCGAAUCAGACUUUCGGGUAGUCCUUUAAAAGAGGGCUCACUAAGUGAAUGCUUAAUAAAGGGAGCAGUGGAUGGGCUGGACCAGGAGGUCUCGGCUCAGUGGAAGGGGUGGCCUGUGAAUUUAGAGGUAUUACUGUGAUUGAAAUAAGCCCUAAUUGUGUUAGUAGUGAAAUUUGCCAUAAACGGAAUUAGGAACGAAUACGGACUGAAAUCCAAAUGCCACCCUAGUUAGUGAAAAGCCAAAUGUAGGCUGGAAUGUCAGUAAUAGCAUGGCCCAAAACUAACAAACUUACGGUUUUGUUGAAAAAACCCGCAAACAGCAAUAGAAAAAGUUGCGGCUGGGCCCCAUGAGCUUCAAGGGACGCUGCUGUUUUUUACUUGAGUGAGCGAAAAUAAAUACAGCUUGUCUUGGAGUUUAAGUAGUUGCUGUUGAUUACCUUUGAACCGGAAGUAGAUGGUUUUCUGCUGAACCAGGAGUUCUCGGCUCGGAGGAAGGGGUGGCCUGUAAAUGUAUAGGCCAGGUAACCCCUCCUCCCACAACUACAGGCUCAGCCUUUCCAUAUAUCAAAAAUGGAGCGUCACAUUUAUUUAAAGUGGAACUGUCACUUCCCACUUCAUAUAGCUCUAUAUUUAAAGGGACACUCCAGGCACCCAGACCACUAAUGCCCAUUGGAGUGGUGUGGGUGCCAACUUCCACUACCCUUAACCCUGCAACUGUAAUUAUUGCAGUUUCCAAAAACUGCAAUAAUUACUUUGCAGGGUUAAGUCCUCCCCUAGUGGCUGUCUAAUAGACAUCCACUAGAGGGCACUUCCUGGUCCAUAGCACAGGUUUUGUGUGAGGACCUCCAGCGUCGCUAAAAUCCCCAUAGGAAAGCAUUGAAAAGCAUUUUCAAUGCUUUCCUAUGCAGAGGUCUAAUGCGCGUGCGUGCAUGCACAUUAGGUCUCCACAGCCUAGCGGGCGGGAUCAGUCUCCCCCGCCGGCUGACGUAAUGAAAGGGAGGAGCGGCGGUGGAGGAAGAAGCAGAGACGAGGGACAUCGUCGCUGCCUUUGGUAAGUGACUGAAGGGGUUUUCACCCCUUCAGCAACCGGGGAUGGGAGGGGACCUGCAGUACCAGGAAAACUGAUUGUUUUCCUGGCACUGGAGUGUCCCUUUAACAAAUAUGUAUUUGUGUGGUGUAAAAACUAAAAUUUAGAAAUCCACACUUCUUUGUCCUGCAACCUAGUACUUCUAUCAUAGCUCUCUGGCCAUCAUUGUUAUGAGUUUUGUCUUUUGCAGUUGGGCAAAGACAAAACAUAUAGACACGAGGUGAAAUAAAGAAAAGUUUUUAUUUCUGCUCUUGAUUUGCAAUGUUUGCCUUGCCUGUGCCUUGUGAAAGUUGGAAUUUCCUAAAUAUAUAAUAGAAGUUUAAAAGAAAAAACAAAAACAAAUUAUAAUGGGGAAAACGUGGUUAGCAUGUGUUCUAGGUGAUUUUCAGUGUGUAUUCCAAAGACGUGACAGUCCCUUUUAAUGACUGCAUGUAGGUAUAGAGCAGCACAUACAAUAUAAGCAGUACAAUCCAUACAAGCAGACAGAAUUUAUAAGAAGAGGUUGUUUAUUUUGCUGUAAAUUACAGCUGAACUGUAUACCCAGGUAUACAUACUAACUGGAAACUCAAGCAAUGAUAACCCAUAAACAAGACUUGCAUAUUGCAAGUUAUUACAUAGCAGCUAUAGUUUAUAAAGUUGUUUGUUAUACAGUCUAUGGCAGUUUACAAACGGCCACAUUUUCAUCACACCAAGGCUAAAAUAAGUUACAAGGACUUAAAGAGACACUAUAGCUCAAUGAAGUGGUCUAGGUGCCAGGUUCCCCAGGUUUUAACCCUUCAGAUGUAAACCCUAUAGAUGUUUCAGUGAAACUGCUAUGUUUACAUAGCAGGAUUAAUCCAACCUCUAGUGGCUGUCUUCCUGAUAGCUGCUAGAGGCGCUUCCCCAACGCUGAAUGCGAAAUUCACAUCCAGCGUGCAGAACGUCCAUAGGAAAGCAUUGAGAAAUGCUUUCCUAUGGACUGUUUGAAUGUGCAUGCGUAUUCCGCUCCACUCGGGAGCUGACGUCGGCGGGGGAGCCUCGCGCUGGAUUUAGGUAAGUAGCUGAAGGGGUUUUAACCCCUUCAGCGCCAAGGGAGGGGGGACCCUGAGGGUGGGGGGUCCUAAGGAUGCUACAGUGUCCGGAAAAGGAGUUUGUUUUCCUGACACUAUAGUGAUCCUUUAAAAAAAUAAAUAGCUUAAAUGCAGUGGGAUUUUAAGAAUGGCAAGUAUGCAAUACGAGUUUAGAAAUACUUUUUAUUGUAUAUAUAAGUGUAUUUAAUCAUAUAUGCAAACGUUUAGCACAGUCUGUGAUUUCAUUAUUCAAUUCAAAAUUAUUGAUCAAUGAAUACAGAAACUGCCAAAAUAUAUUUUCAUUUUAUCAGAUAAAUUUCCACUUCAGUCGCUUGUAUUGUAAAAAAAGAUUUACUGCACAAAUAUUAUCUGCAUAGCUUCUUUGGCUAUAAAGAUACUGGCUGUGUCCACGUUUUAACAGCCAGUGACUAAUGUAAUGUAAAAAUGUAAUAUAUAUAUAUAUAUAUAUAUAUAUAUAUAUAUAUAUAUAUAUAUAUAUAUAUAUAUAUAUAUAUAUAUAUAUAUAUAUAUAUAUAUAAAUAUAUAAAUAGCUAAAUCAAAGGUUGCACUCACGGAUUCUUAAAACAUAGCUUUUAUUGUGUACUCCUAAAAAAAUCGACGUUUCAGUCCUAUUCAAGGACUUUCAUCAGGAUCAGGAUGAUCCUGAUGAAAGUCCUUGAAUAGGACUGAAACGUCGAUUUUUUUAGGAGUACACAAUAAAAGCUAUGUUUUAAGAAUCCGUGAGUGCAACCUUUGAUUUAGCUAUUUGGAUCCCUGGGAGUGCACCCGGUUUGGAUACAUGGAGUUUGAGUGCAAGGUACAGUGCUUUUUUUCUUUAUUUAUAUAUAUAUAUAUAUAUAUAUAUAUAUAUAAUAUAUAUAUAUAUAUAUAUAUAUAUAUAUAAAUAAAUAAAUAAACAGAGAAUAACCGCACUCAGGGACUUGUAAAUAUCACUAAAACUUAACUUUUAAUGUUCAAAAUAAAUCAAAUCAAAGUUUCAGCCCCAUAUUUGGGCUUUCAUCAGGAUGGUAAAAACACAGACAACAUGAUUCAAGCUCAUAUAUAUAUAUAUAUACAUAAUAAAACACCAGCCUCAUGUGUGUGGAGUCCAGCAGCUGCGUUCAGCUUGCACGUGGGAGUGCCGAGCAGACAGAAGCACCCAGAGAAGAUAGACACAGCAUUCCAAACUGUUGCUAAGCAACAUCUGGAACGCACACAAGAUCAGUAGCAGGGUGAGAUCGGCAGAAAGACAAAAUCCUACACUAGAACCAUCACCAUACUGACAAGACCCCAAAGAUCAAAAAUUUAAGUGAUUUUGGACCAUGACUCAUGCCCGACUUUACAAAAAAAAAAGGUGCUCCAUUAUGAAGGGUUGUGACUGCAUGAAGGAAAUAAAAAAAAAAUAAAAAAAGGAAACAUUAUCUUUAAUUCCAAGAAAACACAAACCACAAAUACGGACAUGUGAUUUUGUUCAGAAAGGACUGUAUAAUGUUGAUUGCCUUUGAAUUAUGCAGACAUUUUUUUUUUCCAGGUCCAUGUCUGUAAAUAAGAAGUCCAUGGUUAAUAAUAUGCUCUCAUUCAAACAUAAUUAGGAGUCCUUUCCUCUGUUCUCUUGUACUGUUGGAUCAAAACUGCUUCCUUCAUACAGUACCUUGUUUUUCAUUGCAGUUUUCAGCAUAUUUUGUUGUAUUCUUAAUUUUGCAGAAUUGUAUCUACAGUAUAUCCUAAAGGGAAUAAAAUUAAUGUCAGAUAUCAAAAUGUAAUUUUGAGGCAUACCAUUUUAGGCUUCAAUUAAAUAUUGUUGCAUAAACCUUUAAUAGUAUAAAAAGUUUUUAAAUAUAUUACAUUAAAUUAUAGUACAUAGGUUUUUAAACUUGUUCUUACACUCCUAUUUUACAGUGUGCACAGUUUUAGUUUUCUUUCCUAUAUUUGCACCACCUAUAUAUCCUAGAGUGGGGAUCAUACCACUUCAUGCUAUACUUCAGGAGCCAAAAUAGAGGCUCCCUUAUAUGUUCUAUGUUAAAUUUUGUAUAUAUUGUGAAUGAAUAUUGUUUUUGUAUUUUAUUGUACCCUAAUGUAUCAAUGCAAUGUUUUGUAGACCCAGGACAUACUUGAAAACAAGAGAAAUCUCAAUGUAUGUUUCCUGGUAAAAUAUUUUAUAAAUAAAUAAUAUGUGAGUGUACGUCCUAACAACUACUUAUCUUUGGUAAAAUACUACACUAUAUUAUUUUAUUCUGUUUCACUCCUUUGAGAAUACCCACUACUAUAAGUAUUGCCUGCUGUCCCACUUUUACACUAUAUCCUGAGGCGGGGAUCAUUCCACCCAGGUGCUUUAGUUGGAGCUGAACUAAAUCUCUAUAAAAAAGGUGUGAGUACCUAUUUUACAUAUCAUUCCUUACUAAAAUGUAUCAACUUACUACACUAUCAGUUCCUACUUUUUCUUCUUAUCGUUACAUAUAUCUCGUAGGGACAACCCAGGCGCUACACCAACCCCUUUGCUUUUAUUGACUGUGAUUUUACUGGACUAGAGAGACACCGGAUCUGGGUGUUAUGCUGUCUUGAACUAUAUAAGUAAUUUACAAACACGGAGUAUCCUUUUUAUAUUUAUUAGUAAUGCUAUUGCUGAAUGUCUCAUGCCUGGAUUGUGGCAUGCACCAGCUCCCACUAACCAGAAAUGAUUUUGGCAUUGGCAUCCAAUUUCGGUUGCACCAUUCCAGAUUGGAUGCCACUGGCAGCAAUUGUGGUGGUGGUCUAUUGUUGAACUCCCUCACUAGUGAAUAAUCUGUCCUAAGCUAGGUCUGAGUGCAAUCGCAAAACUUGUUUUUUAAAGGCAAUUUAAACUGGCAAUUUUGCUCCAAGAGUGACAUACUUUCAGUAAACCAAUCUGUGAAAAUUCCAAAACUGAAAUGGGCAGGUCACCUAUCUGAAUGUAUAACUUCACAAACAUCCUACAAAUCCCAGCAUGUGUAAUAUUUCUGUACUUGGGAGCUGUACUUUGCAGAUUAUAAAUCUUGUGUCUUUACUGUAGUUGGACAUAGACUGGUGAGACACAUCAAAAACUGCACAAGUGUGAAAUACAGGAAAAAUACAUACAUUUGCACGUCUACAAUGCCCAACUAAUAAUGAGGUUUAUUGUAAUCGGGUGCUGUAGCUAAACCCAUUUGUUCUGCAAAAGUGCACAUUAGAGUUACAAUAUUACCUGUUAAAAUGCCAUGUUUGCCUCCCCCUCCCACAUUAAAAGCAAAUACACCUAAAAAUUAUCACUGUUCUAGUGGCAAGGCCAAGUUUUCCCUGCAGGCAGAUCCCCCACUGAUGACGUUAUUCCUCCUAGUAUAUCAUAGCAGAACAUGAGCAGCACAAGGCACUAGCUGAGAGCAUCAACUUAUCGCUCUCGUACAGUGAAUAACCCUUUGUGCAUAAAAAUUUGCACAUAACUGACAGCCAGUCCAGAACUCUUGUUCCGGGCUGCCUAACUAUGCCACAAUGAUGCCACCAGAAUUAUACUUCCAGCAUCAGAGGGGUUAAACUCUAUUUGUUCAGAAUUUCAUAUCUAAACACUACACAUACACUUCAGACACUAUGACCAUUCAAAUCACUUAAGCGCCCAUGGUGCUUUAAAGUAAAAAUCAGCAAGGCUGAGUGAUACAAUGGUUAAAGCAGCAUUAUCACAAACCCUUCCACCCCCCGAAAAAUGAAUCUUUAUGAAAUACAAAUUUUGACUAUGUUGGAAUUUCACUGAAAUAGGGACCACUUUGUCUCUAUAUUUCUCCUCUGCAGGAAAUUGGCUGUGUCUUGUGUGAUCCUCCAAAAACCUCAAUGCUGUAUUCUUGCGCGUGCAUUGACAUCAGCUCCUGGCUCUGAAGAGCACCCACCGGAUAAAGAUGGCCAUGCCCAUGAGGGCAAGAUUCAGUUAAGUAAAGGUUACCAAUACCUGCCCCAUGGCCACGGAACACCCAGUGGCGAUGUAAAAAUUUUUAAAAACAAGUUAAACAAUUGUAGCAUACGAUUUCAACAUUAAAAAUUGAGUCUGCACCUAAACUAGGCUUAAAGGAUCACUAUAGUGUCAGGAAAACGGUUUUCCUGACACUAUAGGGCCUGAGGGUGCCCCCACCCUCAGGGUCCCCCUCCCGUGGCGCUGAAGUAGUUAAAACCCCUUCAGCAGCUUACCUUAUUCCAGCACCGGGCUCCCUCGGCGCUCGUGACCUCUCCUCCCCCUGCCGACGUCAGCGGAGCUGAAUGCGCGGCAAGUGCCGCGCGUGCAUUCAAAGUGUCCAUAGGAAAUCAUUUCUCAAUGCUUUCCUAUGGACACUCUGCGUGAUGGAGGUGAAAUAUGCCUCCAGCGUCGUAGAUGCGCCUCUAGUGGCUGUCCGGAAGACAGCCACUAGAGGCUGGAUUAACCCCAAAUGUAAACAUAGCAGUUUCUCUGAAACUGCUAUGUUUGCAUCUGAAGGGUUAAAACCUGAGGGGCCUGGCACCCAGACCACUUAAUUGAGCUGAAGUGGUCUGGGUGACUAUAGUGUCCCUUUAAAAUUUGAAGUCAUAUGUCACUAGCCAGGGCUAAAAAUGUGAAGUCCUCUGCCACUAGCCAGCCCUUCAACAUUACCACUACAAGUCAUAGCAUAUUCACCAGGGUGAAUGUGCAUUUGCAUUUUUCUAUAUUGUCAUUUACUAAUGUCUAGUGGACAUUUUGAGGCCUCCUGUAGCAAAUACAAAUACAAUCUUGAAGAUGUGAAAGAGGGGUUAGUUGCCGACAACAGUAGAGUAGCCAAUUACAUCACUAUGGAGUAGACAAAACUCACAUUAGAAAUCUCAGCAGUAAAGUGAAGGGACAGUCUCUCUGAUGACCCUUGAAUUUGGCACACUGGGUGCCCCCUCUUUGGAAAUCACAAAAACUGGUCUCACCCUUAUUUCAAGAAAGUAUGCUCCAUUUUUUGCGAUUAGAUUUUUGUUAAGUCUGGGACCUAUUUAGAAUAUAAGUCAAUCACAACAAGCCAGAAAAGGAUCCACAGUUUUAGGUUCUUCAAUAAACUUGGCCAGUAAAAAAAGGGGUCUGAAUAAUAAAAAAAAAAAGUUUAUUUGAUAUCUUCCCAUCUGCUAUCUAUGGACCUCUAAAUACAUAUUUUGUAUAUUUAGUUUUACAUGAACUAAGAUGACUUCGUUUAGCAAUAUCCUUAUCAUAAACCAAAUUUCAGUAUUUUCACAUGUGUAGUAACAGUUUGUGGAUAUUCACACUGUAUAACCUGUUGGUGCGUUAUUUGCAUAUGGAAGCUGCAUUGGAGAAGUACAAGCAUGUUGAUAUCAUUACACUUUUGUAAUAAAAUGAGUUAUGG